AUGGCACAACCCCCGAAACCGCAGGUUCAGCCAUGUCGCUAUAAGACUGGCAAGACACUCGGCGCUGGCUCAUACUCGGUUGUCAAAGAAUGCGUCCAUAUCGACACCGGUCGCUACUAUGCUGCGAAAGUAAUCAACAAGCGCCUGAUGGCCGGGCGCGAGCACAUGGUUCGCAAUGAAAUCGCCGUGUUGAAGAAAGUAUCCAUGGGCCACCAGAACAUCCUCACGCUGGUGGACUACUUUGAAACCAUGAACAACUUGUACUUGGUCACUGAUCUCGCCUUGGGCGGAGAGCUCUUUGACCGCAUCUGCCGGAAAGGCAGUUAUUACGAGACUGACGCCGCAAGCCUAAUCCGCGCUGUCCUGUCGGCGGUGGCCUACUUGCAUGAUCAUGGAAUCGUACACAGAGAUCUUAAGCCGGAGAAUUUACUUUUCCGCACCCCGGAAGAUAAUGCGGAUCUACUUCUCGCCGAUUUUGGCUUGUCCAGGAUUAUGGACGAGGAGCAAUUCCAUGUGUUGACAACCACGUGUGGAACGCCAGGAUAUAUGGCGCCGGAAAUCUUCAAGAAGAGUGGACAUGGCAAGCCAGUCGAUAUUUGGGCCAUCGGUGUAAUCACCUACUUCCUUCUAUGCGGCUACACUCCCUUCGACCGAGACUCCAACCUAGAGGAAAUGCAGGCCAUUCUUGCAGCAGACUAUGCUUUUACCCCUCUGGAAUAUUGGCGGGGCGUCUCCCAAGAAGCCCGCAACUUCAUUAACCGCUGCCUAACCAUCGACCCUAAGAAUCGCAUGACAGCCCACGAGGCCCUGCAACACACUUGGAUCAACCCACCAUACGAUGACUCGCGGACUGGCUCUGGCGAAGACUUGCUGCCAACGGUGAAGAAAAAUUUCAAUGCACGCCGCACGCUACACCGGGCCAUCGAUACUGUGCGUGCAAUUAAUAAGCUACGCGAAGGUGGUGGUUUCAUGAUGGAUGGUAUGAUGAGUAUUGAUCCGAAGCCCGAGCGUGUGAACGGAGCAGAGAUCGUUGACGAGGGGCAUGCUGCGCCUGCCCCGAGUGAUAAAGGCAACCCUAUGCAGAUUGAUAGUAGGGGGAAUGCACGUGGGCAGUCGGAGAUACAGAUUCGGGAACAGGAACGGAGACUUAAAGAGACCAUGGCUGGAUUAUGGAAUCGAAAUGUGCCUGGUAAAUAA